AUGAGUUCUGAAGAAAUCCAGAAUAAAAUUAUUCUGAUUCAAGCAGCUAUUGCUGAAGACCAAAAUAAUAAAGUCAAAGAUCAAGGCUCCCAAAAAAUGUCUAUGGGAAAUUUAAAGAACUUCUUUCAGAAAAAAUAUCCAAAUGAAUCAGAAGAAGAAAUUAUGGUUAGGACUCUGGAUCAUAUGAAGAACCAAUUCUUCUCCACUUUUCCAACUAAAACAUCAAAAGAUGAGAAUUCAUCUAUGAAGACUAGCUCUUCUAUAAGAUCAAUUGAUUCCAACAACUUUGAUUGUUUAUCAGGAGAAGCCCAAACGGAUGACCCCACUCCUGAAGAUUUCUGGGAUGCGGUGAUUCAAUCCAUGACUCAGAAAGCAAAAGACAAAGCAAAGAGAUAA